GAACAAACCCAACGGCUAUAAUUCCGCUCCAUUUCUCCCUCUCUCCUUUCCUUCCUUGCUCAGUUUUACUGCGCGAAAAUCGCUCCUCUUUUCAUCCCGUAAAUUCUCUUUUUGAAUCUUAACAACGCCAUUAUUACCCCAACACAAAGCAAAAAUGAGGCGAAACAUUGCCGAUUCUAUUCCUCGGCAAGUUUCUGCCACCUCCCAAUGUUGUCAUUUUUGCAGAUAUAACCUCAGUUUCGGGCACCCUUUUGGAUUCUGAUUCUUCCUCUUUUUUGUUUUUUGGGGGGUAAGAAUCCACCCAGAGUUGUUUUGGGAGGAGAGGGAGAGUCUUGGAUUGAAGCAUUAAGUAUAGGUUUGGAUCUGAUCUUUUUGGUCAGGGCAAAAACUGCAGCGGGAUUUCUUCUUUUGUUUUUGUUCUGAACUAUUCUGAAAUUCAAGCCUCUCCCUCGGAGGUGUUUGGUUGGUGGGCAAUUUUCAUUCUACUGUAGAGUUGAUCAAAAUUUCAAUUUUUGUGUGAUUUUGAUAACUAUAUAUGGCUGGGCUUUGAUCCUUUUUUUACAGUGUCUUUUGGUUGCUUUGUGUAUGUCCAUAUAUACACAUUUCUUGAUUAAGGUUGUAGAUUGUUUUCUUUCCCUUGUUAGAGUUUGAGUUUGUACUGGGCUCUUGAUCAAUUUCUGUUGUAUUUCCAUCUGCUGGGAUUUUGAGAUAGGUGGAUGUACUAAUAGGACGUUGUUAAUUUAGGCAACCGAGAAGAAAAAGGUCCUAGAUUAACAGGAGGGAGACGGUAACAUAGAUUUUAAUUAUAAUGUCUGCUGUUGAUGUUGCUCGGAGUCCAGUCUGCGAAGAGACAGCAAGGUCGUCCGCUGUCUGUCUGAAUAGACGAUUGGGUUUUAGCUCAAGUGAGUCGAUUGUCAUCUACAUCACAGUUGGGGGAUCGGUGAUUCCCAUGCGUGUGAUGGAGUCGGAUUCGAUUGCAUCAGUGAAGCUUAGGAUACAGGCAUGUAAAGGUUUUGUAGUGAAGAAGCAGAAGUUAGUUUUUGGAGGCAGAGAGCUGUCAAGAACUGAUUCUCUUGUCAAAGACUAUGGCAUCACUAGUGGGAAUGUCUUGCACUUGGCACUGAGGAUCUCUGAUCUUUUAUUGAUCAGUGUUAGAACAACGUGCGGGAAAGAACUCGAGUUUCAUGUUGAUAGGCACAGGAAUGUAGGGUAUCUAAAGCGUAGGAUCACCAAGAAAGGAAAAGGUUUUCUUGAUCUUAAGGAUCCGGAAAUCUUUUGCUAUGGUGAGAAGCUUGAAGAUCAGAGGCUAAUUCAUGAUAUUAGCAACAAUACUGAUGCUGUCAUUCAUUUGGUAGUUCAGAAAUCUGCAAAAGUUCGGACUAAAGCGGUCGAGAGAGAUGUUGAGCUCUCCGUUGUGGCUCCAAAUUGGAAUGAAAAAACAGACGAAGCCCAUAAUGACAAGAAUCCACCAAGGGAGCUUCGAGUGUUAUCGAGGACUCCACCACCUCUCCACAAAGAUUUUUUCUUGAAACCAAUCAUAGUAAACCCACAAGUGAAGUUGCCUCCAGUUCUGUGGAACAUGAUACAAUCAGUGUUUGAAGGAUUAGCACGAGGCAAACAACCGGUCAGAUCAUCUGAGGGCACUGGGGGAACUUAUUUCAUGCAAGAUGCCUCCGGCAACAAGUAUAUCUCCAUUUUUAAGCCCAUUGAUGAGGAACCUCUAGCUGUCAAUAAUCCUCAAGGCCUUCCGUUAUCAACUAACGGUGAAGGGUUGAAGAGGGGUACCCGAGUUGGAGAAGGCGCGUUGAGGGAGGUUGCAGCUUAUAUAUUGGACCAUCCAAAGACUGGUCCAAAGUUUUUCUCUUGUAAUGAAAUUGGUUUUGCUGGUGUACCACCAACCGUAAUGGUGCAAUGCUUGCACAAAGCAUUUAACCAUCCAGAAGGUUUCGAUGGUUCAGAUGCAAAUAUCAAGACUGGAUCACUACAGAUGUUUAUGAAAAAUCAUGGAAGUUGUGAAGACAUGGGUCCUAGAGAUUUUCCUGUGGAGGAGGUCCAUAAGAUCAGUGUCUUUGACAUGAGAACAGCAAAUGCAGACAGACAUGCCGGAAACAUUCUGCUGCACAAAGACCAUGAAACUGGAAGAAUUGUCUUGAUCCCAAUUGAUCAUGGCUACUGCUUGCCUGAAAAGUUCGAAGAUUGCACAUUUGAUUGGCUCUACUGGCCACAAGCCCGCCAGCCAUUCUCCCAAGAGACAGUAGACUACAUAAAGUCACUUGACGCUGAGCAAGAUCUAGCAAUCCUCAAGUUCUACGGAUUGGAUCUUUCACCUGAGUGUGCUCGUACUCUGCGUAUUUCUACCAUGCUUCUGAAAAAGGGGGCAGAAAGAGGGCUCACUCCUUUCACAAUAGGAAACAUUAUGUGCAGAGAAACCUUGAACAAGAAAUCCAUAAUAGAGGAGAUUGUUCAUGAUGCACAGAACUCCGUGCUUCCAGGAACGAGCGAAACUGUGUUUCUUGAAACUGUUUCCAGGAUCAUGGAUGCAGCACUCGUAAAACUCCUGAUGUAAUACUCCAUGGGGUGUCUAAGCAUAUAACUGUAUAUACAAAACGGAUCAACCAACCUGUAUGGACUGAAGCUGGUGCCAAGGAGAAAAGAGGCCUUACUUUAUUAGUUCUCUUUGUGCCCUUUUGUUCUUGUUAUUGUAUUUUCCUUCCCUUUUUAUCCCAGCUUCUGUCAGGCAAACGGUCGGUUGAACUACUUUGUAACAUUUGAACAAGAAGUUGCAACAAUGAUGAUGUUGAAUAAAAGAAAGUGUUUAUAGACA